CACGAAAGCGUGUCGCAUCAGUCGUGAGCGGCAAGAAUCGAGAAAGUGGCAGUGCCAGAAGCAAUUAUGUACCCAAUGCUUGAACGAGGGCUGACGAAGUCGAAGCGGAAAGGCGCGUAUCCCUCGAAUAAGACAACGCAUUAUCUUGUUAAUCGACAUCCAUGGGCUUCAGCUCUGUGUUGUUCAUGCACUCAGCCACAAGGUGAUUGCUCUGAUUCGACGAGGCGCGUUGCACAACCUUAGGCAGCAUCUUGCUCUUGGAACGGCUGAAGAAGUAUGAAAACCGUUUGUGAGCGCCUCGUUCUUUAUCUUUCAACGUCACGUCGCUAGACAAGCUUUAGAGACAUCUCGUGCUCGGAUCGAUGAUACAAGGUAUCAUUGCAAUACGAAAUUGCACAUAAUUGUUUCUCAGCCUCGUCCCACGCUUGCUACCCGCAAGCGAAGUGGCGGCUUUCAGGCUACAAUGAAUUCGUCUAACGUUUUAAUCAUCUUGUACAUUGUCUGCAUUGCUCUACACUCUGGCCAAACUCUACGACUAGAGUAUUGGCAAAGAAGAUCACCGGAAGCAUUAAACAAAACCACCAACCACAUUUAUCUUCGAGCCUUCGCGAUUCUCUCCCUAAUAUUAUCUGUACCGCCUAUAGUUACAUCUGCGAGGCAAAGCCCGCCGUCGAUGUGCCAGGAUGGUCUCGAUGUUAAUGCGGAUAUUGGUGGUAUAGGAGUUCUUUUAGGUCUUUUCUGGCCAGCAGCAGCUCUCAAAAUCACAUUGGUUUUGGGUCACAGAAAGACCGAGACCUCGGGAGCAAAGGAGCUUUGUUUAGCACAUAUGGCGAAUCUCAUAUAUCUCGGCGUGAACUUGGCGAAAGCUAUGGCCGGACUCAAUAGAAUGGAAUUAAUCAUCGCAUACUCGAGCGUGGAUGCAGUCGCUGCAUCCAUUGCCGUGGCGUUUUCCGACAAAGACGUGGUUGCGGCGCGAAUGAUACUCAUUAUCGGGACUCUCCUUCAGUUCGCAGCAUUCGGUUUGGAAGCUGCCACCAUUGUUUACAUGUAUCGCUCUCCUCCGAUAUGCCGCGCCAUACACCCAACGUUGUCAGCACCCCAGGGUUUCGCAUGGGCUUUCUGGGCUGCACGAAUUCUCGCUACCAUGUCCAUUCUACCAACCAUUCAGAGGAUUGCGCCACGGAUACAUGCACUUGAGAAUACCAGCUCACAAGGCCCAAAUAUAUUUGACGCCAAGGUCUGGCUUGAAUUGCCUGCUACCUUAUUCACAAAUUACCUGAUUCACUUCUCGAUAGGAUUGAUACAAGCCGCCUCUGCUAUUGCUUUAACCUGUUCAAACAUAUCUGAAUCGUGGACCUCAUUAUGGACAGAGUGGGGGCAAAGCGCCCCUUUGAUUGUUGCCAUAGCUGCUGGCUCCCAUGUCUUGUACUCCUUUUCUCGCCUCUUUUGCAACAGGGCUGUCGAAGAGCGUUUCAACCUCUGUGAAGCCAGUAUCAACCGGACGGCGCGGUGGCCGGAGAGGUGGAGAACCACUAUCUCAGAAGUAUCUUGGAAGUCGCUGUCUUUGAGAUCUCCGUUCAACAAAAUACGGGCGUCUCCUACAGAUGAGCUACUCUUUCGUAAUACCAUACUGUUGACAUACAAUCAGCGACAGGAAUUACUCGAUGACAUUGGUAAAAGAAGGCUAUGGGAGGAACUUCGGUUCUCAUUUGAAAAUAAUGAUAUUCAGGGUAUCAAAGAUUGCCUAGAAAGAGGUGCCCCACUCGAUAUCAAGGACACCCGUGGGGAAUAUGUUAUUCACAUGGCCGCACGCUUUGGAGACGUUGACAUUCUCAAGCAAUAUUUCACUGGAGUCCUUUUCACGCAGAUGACUGUUGAAAACGACGGCGGAGAAACUCCUUUAAUGAUCGCGCAUCGUAACCAUCGUGUUCCAGCUAUUCAUUGGAUUCUCAAACAGAAGCCUGCGGACUGGCCCUCCCAACCACGUUGGCCUGCAGAUGAAGACGUACGUCAAAUCAUUUCCUACGCCAUCAACAAGGAAAUGGUCGCUCCGGGAGAUCUUUUAGACAUCAUCACAAAUCCGUCGCUUUUGCCACAUUGGGAAGAUGUAAACCCUGAUGAAAGUCCCUUCAUGGAAGCCGUAAGCAAGGCCAAGCUGGAAGCAGCCAAAUGUCUUUUACCUCGCCUAAAACAACCUCUCUACCGUGGACCGAGUAGUGGUCUCAUCAUGCUCUCACAUAUCAACAGGAACUUAAACGCCCAAGUUCUUAAGACACUUAUAGAUAAACCAUUCAAUUUCUGGACAGAUCGGAAUAUAGCUUCGUCGGCAGCUAUGACAUGUCUCGAUCUCGAUAUCAUGUCCGAAUCUAUCGCAACUCAGGGAGAUUUGGAUCAGAUCGAAAUCCUGAUCAAUUCGGAUCUACCUUUAAAGUAUGGAAUCAUUCACUACAUUUAUCAGACUCAAGUCCAACUGAGGAUAGAAGAUGAUCAAUCCGACAAGCCGUCGAACCGAAAAUUAGUUACGCAUGUCCCGGGAGAACGUAUGGAAAUAGAAGAAAUUUCUGAGCAACGAUUAAAAACGCUUAAGAAAACCCUAGAAAGCAAGGGUGCACUCAAUUACGGCCCCUUAUGGAGAGCCAUUCGGACCAGCCAAGCCAAUACUGUCCAAGUGCUCUUGGAAAAUGCGAAAGACAUGGGCAAUUCUACCAGGCUGCUCAACAAUAUGAUGUAUAACUACAACGGAAUGGGUCUAUGGGCAACUCCAUUAGAUCUUGUACUCCUGGAAUGGACAUCACGGAAGAAACCAGGCACGACAAGUAUCAAUAAAACGAUCCAGCUCAUGAUAAAAAUGGGCGCAGUCCUAUUUCCACCACCUAGUAUCUCAUCCUACAUCGUUCGAAAUGACAACGCCAUGGAUUGCAUUUUAAUUACAGAUUGCCCUAAGACCACAUUCUUGGUACUACUAAAGCAGGCAAGGAAAGAAAAUGUUCAGCGAGCUUUUGAAGUGGCCGAACAGUCGAUGAAGAGAUUAUUGCCCGACAAAUAUUCGAUGCUGGGGGGGUUUCUGGAGAAAGAUCGGAUGUGCCGCGAUAUGAUCAAAAAUAGCAAAGUAAAAUACUAUCGCGUUGUACGGAGCUUAUAUUACCUUUUGUCGCAUGGUGCAAAGCCAAAUAUUGAGCUGUCCUUCUUUCAACCAGCCGCUCAGCAGCGUCUCGAGGCAAUGAAAGGACAUCGCACUGCUUCGCCGUCCGCAUUUAGCAGCGAGCUGGAAGCGAUAUUCAAAAGUAUGAUCAACAGAUUUGCAGAUACGACGUUUUCUGGCGAUACGGAUUACACCGAGUUGGAAUUCCUAAACAGGCCGGACGAUUUUGACGAGAAUACUCUUACUGGGUGGCUUUGAAGUUCGUUUGGAUAUGAAGAGAAUGGAAGGGAGAUGCAAAUUGUGCCUUGCACCGAUUAGAAUCACGAUUUUGAGGCUAUCCCAUAGUAGCGUAAACAGGAGGAUCCUAAUAGAAUCCACGCGGAAGUGAAUAGUUACGUUGAUUACACCUACAAACUGA